CCCGUGCAAGCCCAGCGGGGCCCUGCCCCUUCCUGCCCCGCCCCUCUGCGCCGGGAGGAAGGGGCAGGGCCGGCAGUGACGUGGCGCCAUGGCGGAGCUCUACGUGAAGCCGGGGAACCAGGAGCGUGGCUGGAACGAUCCCCCCCAGUUCUCGUACGGGCUGCAGGCGCAGGCUGGGGGGCCCAAGCGAACCCCCCUCACCCGCAGGGCCCCCCCACCGCCCGCGGGGGCACCCCCAGGGCCUCCUCCAGACCCAGGCAGUGCCCCCUCAGCCCCUGCAGCAGCAUCACCCCCUCGAGCACUGGGCCCACCUCCUCUGGGUCCCAUCAGCCCCCCCCGAGCGGAGAGCAGGAAGCCGAGCGCAGCAGCGAGCCCCGAGGAGUGCAGUGUGCCCGCAGACACGGUGCUGGCCCCGCUGAGGGAGGCCCUGGCUGCCUGCCGCCCCAGCGUGCAGAAACAAGUGUGCGACGACAUCGGGCGGCGUCUGACGGUGCUGGAGGACGCGUGGGCUCAGGGGAAGUUGUCAGCCCCUGUGAGGAAGAGGAUGAGCCUCCUGGUGCAAGAGCUCCAGCAGCAGCACUGGGAUGUGGCUGAUGAGAUCCACCGCUCGCUCAUGGUGGACCAUGUGAAUGAGGUGAGCCAGUGGCUGGUGGGGGUAAAGCGCCUGAUCGCCGAGAGCAGGAGCCUGCCUGCAGUGGAUGGUGACACGGAUGGAAGUGCUGAGCCUGAGCCUGAGCCUGAGCCUGGCCAGGAGGAGCCCUGAUGACAGAGCUGGGGCUGCGGACUGAGGAGCAGGGCAGUCUGGACCUAGCACCACAGCAGGAGAGGGGCUGCAGCUGCCCAAGGGGGCCUGGGCACUGCCCCUGCCUCCCACUCCUUGCCCAGGACAAGGGGAUUUUAAUCAUGACAUUUUAGUGACAAUUCAGUAUAUUAUGUUUAAUAAAUGGCACUAAUCUGCCCCCGGGGUUCUGGCA